CAGUAUGGAAAAGAGUUUUAAUAUAACGAAGAACUGGGUAUUCCGACCAGUUGUAGAAUAGCCGCGUGCAUUGAAACAUCGCUUGCAAUACAAACUAAAUUUGCUUUUAAUUGCCCAGCUGUUGUACGUUCAACAUCAGCCGUAUUAAAUAGAGAAGUGUAGAUAGCUAUUCGAUUCAUUGCCAAUAACAACAACAACACAGAGCAUCGCAGCAGAACAUUGCACCACAGAAUCCAACAACGCAAAUUGAAAAUGUCAAUGGUACCAGAACUCACUGAAAGUCAGCAACAAACACUCGCUGAGUUCCGCAAAAAAGUCUCCGACUGUUUGGUGGACAAUGAAGUCCAUGACGAUUACUUUCUGUUGCGCUGGCUUCGAGCCAGAAAAUGGGACGUCGAUGCUGCAGAGAAAAUGUUAAGAAAUGCUAUGAAAAAUCGUAUUUCCAUCAAUAUUGACAGUUUGGAUAAAUGGGAAGCUCCUGAAGUUUUGAGAAAAUAUUUACCAUAUGGCGUGGUGGGUUAUGACAAAGAAGGAUCACCAAUUAUUGUUUGUCCCUUCUACCAGUUUGACAUCUAUGGCAUGUUACACUGUGUAACACGUUUCGAUUUCAUUCGUUAUGUGGUUAAAAUCUUGGAAAACGUCAUGAAACAGGGCUUCGAACAGAGUAAGACACAUGGUGUCAAAGCUCGCCAAGUUGUGGUGAUUUUCGAUGUAGCCGAUUUCAAUAUGACCCAAUACGCCUGGCGCCCAGCUGUUGAAUUGGUCAUGGCCAUGAUCAAGGAGUAUGAACAAAAUUAUCCUGAAAUAUUGAAAAUGUGUUACAUUAUAAAUGCUCCCAAGGUUUUCUACUUUGCAUUCAAUUUUGUUAAGAAAUUAUUGGAUGAAUAUACCAUGAGCAAAAUCAGCAUUUCCAAAUAUGGUUCGGACAAAUGGAAGGAGGCUGCAUUCAGUCAUAUUGAUCCCGAUAUUAUGCCCAAAUCAUUUGGCGGCAAUUUAGUGGAGAAUGGUGAUGAAAAAUGUCCCAGCAAAAUUGUCUGGGGCGGAAAAAUUCCCAAAGAGUUGUAUGUGGAACAGAAAGAUGAUGAUGACAAGAGUUUCAUUGAAGCUAUUGUGAAUAAGGGCAACAAACUGAAAUUGGAAUUCGAUGUUGGCUCCAAGAAACCUACUGAAGAGGACAAAUUACUAUCGUGGGAUUUCCGUACUGUUGAUCAUGACAUCAAAUUCGGUAUUUACAGCAUUGACAAUGCCACAGGUGAAAAACGCAGUGAAGUGCCAUUAACCAAAGUCUACUCAAAUGAAAUGAAUGAAGUUGGUUUUAUUACUACCCGACCCAAUACCAAAUAUACUGUUGUCUUUGACAACUCCGGCAGUUAUUUGCGUAGCAAGAAACUACGCUAUUGGGUCUCAUUGAUAUCAGAAAACGAUGACAUGUUGACAUUACAAUCACAAGUUGGACAAACUGAAGUUGUACCCGCCGAUAAUAACUGAAUCCAGAAAAAAAAAGAACAGCACAACUCCAAAUCUUGUACAGUCUAUAAAGUAAAACAAACUAUUCAACUCAUUAUAUUAAAGAAUGUGCAAAUCAUAGGAUCAGAUGCUAGCAAGCCAAACAUUCCAAACGGGUUAUCAGUUUAAGUAGGAAAACUUUAAAAUUUAUGACAACAAGAUAAGAAUCCUUUGAUGUGCAAUAUUAGAAUGCCUUAGUUAGCAAUUAUUACCCAUCCAUCUGUCAUCAAUAUGUAAGCAGGUGUAACUUAUUGAAAAUAUUUAUAUUUGUGUGUUUAAUGAAAGACGUAGCCUUUUUUUAAAUAUUUGAAUCCGGUGUAUGUUUAGAAUAUUUAUGUAUACAAAACUACCAUAUGUAUGUAUGUACGUACUCUUCCGCCUCUCUAUUAAAUAUUAAAUGAAAUGUGAUACUUAAUUUGUUUUUGUAAUAACUAUGUAUUUUUGUUUUUGUUUUUUUAUUUGUUUCUUUUCUUCUUGUGUAUUAUUUUUUGUAAAUAUCUUAAAUUUAUGGUUACUUUUAAGUAAAUGUAGUUUUUUUUUAUUUUUUUCUUAUUUUCCCUUCUUUAAAUUUGUUUGUUUUUGUUUCUUUAUGUGUGUAUUAAUAAUUAAUAAAUUGAUUGUUUUUUUUAAUGAAAUG